UCAUGCCAGUAUAACAUGGAUUUUGAGAAGGUGGGCACGUGCAUCAUCAUAAACAACAAGAACUUUGACAGAAGCACAGGCAGGGGCCCCCGAAAUGGAACGGACAGAGAUGCUGAGGCCCUUCUGAAGUGCUUCCGAAACCUGGGUUUUGACGUGACUGUCCAUAAUGACUGCUCCCGUGCCAAAAUGGAAGCUGUGCUGAAGGAAGUUUCUGAACAGGACCACAAAAAUUCAGCCUGCUUCACCUGCAUCUUACUGAGCCAUGGAAAAGAAGAAGGUUUAAUUUAUGGAACUGAUGGCUUGACAUCAAUAAAGGAGUUGGCAGCCCAUUUUAGAGGAGAUAGAUGCAAAACCCUUGUAGAGAAACCGAAGCUCUUCUUCAUUCAGGCUUGCCAGGAGACAGAGCUGGACAACAGCAUCCAGGCUGAUUCGGGGUUUGUCAAUGAAACGGAUGCUCAGCAGCACUACAAGGUCCCAGUUGAAGCCGACUUUCUCUUCGCCUAUUCCACCGCUCCAGGCUGCUACUCAUGGCAGAGCCCAGGAACUGGCUCCUGGUUCAUACAGUCCCUCUGUGACGUCCUGAAUGAACACGGGAAAAGCCUGGACCUCAUUAAAAUACUCACCAGGGUGAACCUCAGAAUGGCCAGGAACUUCCAGUCCAGGACCGACGACCCAGACAUGAGCAAGCAGCAGAUCCCGAGUAUCGCCUCCAUGCUCACCAAGUUGCUCUACUUCCGCAAGUAACCGCUCGAAACACGGCAGCUGAGAAGCAACGGAUCAUUCGUCGACGAA